CCUGUCCGUUCCCGCCUGAAGUCCUACCGAGAUCGGACCUUUUGGCCGCCGGCCGUGAACCUGGGAACGGAGCAAAGGCGGGAUCUUGCCAACCCUGGCGGCUCCGGCGCCUUCUCUUGCCUUCCAGGCCGUUUCCCCCCUCCUUUUUGGUUGACCCAUGGCUGGAUUCAUCAGUCCGCUUAGCUUUCGUCCUCGUUCAUCGUUCUACCGGUGGUUGGUCCAUCUGUUAGAGGCCCCCUCUGGUAUUUCCACUUUUCAUACCCAAACAGUGCGGGUAGGGUUCUUGAUAUGGCUCGGUGCGUAGUAUGGCAGAGUAGAGCAACCGACAUCUCCCGACAGGCGGGGUUUAUCUUCUUUUGCCUUUUCGUGUACCCCUUUCCCCUUUUGAGUUCAAUCGUAGCAGCAGCAGUGGCUGCUUGCUCGUUUUCUCUCUUUAUUGUUUUUUUUUAUUAUUACUAUAGAUAGAAAAGCGUGUGUGCUGCUGGCAAUCUGCUUUGGGUGCCUAAUGCGAUGGAAAGCGAGGUCCCCCCCUCCUUGUGGAGACAAUCUCGGAGGCGCGGUCGACGGCUUGGCAGUUCUUGCCUUCAGCAGUUCUUGUCUUCGUCUCCGCACUCCAGAGUCCGGACUUCGCUAGAACAAGUGGAUGGUUUUUUGGCUACUCCAUAUCAAUUCCUGGCGGCGUUUUUUUUGCGCCUUUUGUUUCUGCUUUUCUCUUUCAAGAAAGCACGUGAUGCCCCUGCUCGACUUCAUUUUCACUGUCGGCUACCAAAAUUGUGGUCACAACUUAUCCUACACAUCGUAGCUCCGCGACCUGUUCGGCAAAAUGAGGCCUUCAGAUGGCAGGACGCAGCUUUCAGGCUUUGCACAAUCAGAUGAAUCAACACUUGAUGUGGAGGGGCAUUGCUACCACCAGCAGUCAUUCCCUUCCUCUCCAUCGAUGCAACCGAUUGCUUCUGGCUGCACACACACAGAGAACAGCGCUGCGUACUUCUUAUGGCCAACAUCAAACCUGCAGCAUUGUGCAGCCGAGGGACGCGCAAACUACUUCGCCAACCUUUCAAAGGGACUGUUGCCCAAGUCUGGCCGGUUGCCCAAGGGCCAGCAAGCAAAUAGCUUGCUUGACUUGAUGACUAUAAGAGCUUUCCAUAGCAAGGUGUUGCGUUGCUUUAGCCUUGGAACGGCGGUGGGCUUCCGCAUCAGGAAAGGGGCUCUGACAGAUAUCCCCGCGAUUCUUUGCUUUGUUGCUCGCAAAGUUCACAAGAAGUGGCUUAAUCCGGACCAAUGCCUUCCUGCCAUUGUUGAGGGUCCAGGAGGUAUUUGGUGUGAUGUUGACGUUGUUGAGUUCUCGUACUACGGUGCACCAGCUCAAAAUCCAAAAGUGCAAAUGUUCACUGAGCUUGUUGAUAAGUUGUGUGGCAGUGAUGAAUGUAUUGGCUCUGGCUCUCAGGUUGCAAGUCAGGACACUUUUGGAACUUUGGGCGCCAUUGUAAAACGGCGAACUGGCAACAAGCAGAUAGGUUUCCUCACCAACCGACAUGUUGCUGUUGACUUGGACUACCCAAACCAGAAGAUGUAUCACCCAUUGCCACCCAACCUUGGGCCUGGUGUUUAUCUUGGAGCUGUCGAAAGGGCAACAUCUUUCAUCACAGAUGAUGUUUGGUAUGGAAUCUAUGCUGGAACAAACCCAGAGACAUUUGUACGCGCCGACGGGGCAUUCAUCCCAUUUGCUCACGACUUCGACAUCUCCACAGUCACAACUACAGUUAGGGGUGUUGGUGACAUUGGGGAUGUUAAGGUUAUAGAUCUGCAGAGUCCACUUAAUAGCCUCAUAGGGAGGCAAGUAUGCAAAAUCGGCAGAAGUUCUGGUCACACAACUGGAACUGUGGUGGCUUAUGCCCUUGAGUACAAUGACGAGAAAGGAAUAAGCUUCUUCACUGACCUCCUUGUUGUCGGCGAAAACCGCCAAACUUUUGAUCUAGAAGGUGAUAGUGGAAGCCUUAUUAUCCUGACUGGCCAGGAUAAUGAGAAGCCGUGUCCCAUUGGGAUAAUAUGGGGUGGCACAGCAAACCGUGGGAGGCUAAAGCUUAGGUGUGACCAUGGCCCUGAAAAUUGGACCAGUGGAGUUGAUCUUGGCCGCCUUCUGGAUCGUCUUGAACUUGACCUUAUCAUAACCAAUGAAUCACUCAAAGAUGCCGUGCAGCAGCAAAGGCUCGCGUUGGUGGCUGCAGCUAACUCUGCUGUUGGGGAGUCGUCGACAGCAGCUGUUCCUGCCCCAGAAGAAAAGGUGGAGAUCUUCGAGCCUCUGGGGAUCAAAAUCGAGCAGCUGCCUCGGCACGACGUUUCGGCGACGACGGAAGGGGAUGAGGCAGCUGUGAUCAAUGUGGAAGAGCGCCAGUUCAUCUCAAACUUUGUCGGCAUGUCCCCUGUACGCGACGACCAGGAUGCUCCGAGGCAAAUCGCGAACCUGAACAAUCCGUCAGAGGAAGAACUCGCCAUGUCGCUUCACCUAGGUGACCGGGAGGCCAAGCGGCUUCGCACUGACACAGAAUCCGAGCUUGACCUGGAGAAGUGACGCACUCAUUUCAGCGUCUCCGCAUUGAGUCAUAAAGUAGUCCGAAGAAGGUGACCUGUGGUUCAGCAGACUGAACCUGCAGCCGUAGCUGCAGUUUCCUGGCACAAGCCUUAUCAUGUACUAUGGUAAAACUUGAUUCAGCAAUUGUAGGAUGUUAGGUGGUAUCCCCUGCAGUUUUGUUGUGAGACUUGAUAUGCACAAGCACAAUGCUGAAUCCCCCUAUAUCAAAACAAUGCAGGUAGCGAUAAAGUGGUCUUGAUCAGUUUUCUCUGUCCAACCAUUAACGGAGUUGUUUCAAGAUCACUAGAUCAGCUUCCGGAAACCUUGUGUUUUCACCUUUUGAA